AUGUGCAUCUGCGCUAUCCCCGCCAUAAGUGCCGUGAAAUCUUUCUUAGCCAGACUCGGACUCCGCAACGUCAAAGAUACUUCUGAGAGGCAGACACCACCGGAAAUUGCUGCAAUCGUGUCGGACAGAAAUUUGAGGAAAUACGCGGAACUUUUACGUCUGCUAUACUCUGACCCUCAGCGUAUCGCUUGGCUUUGCCAGCUCGUUGAUCUCAGCGAGCUGGGAGCGUUGCUCAACACGGUUAUGUUUUCGUUGUAUAAUAGCGCUGGCCCAGAGCGCCGUGAAGAGGAAGCCCUUGUCCUGACCACGAUACGGUCCGUCUUAUUUUCCUACAUGGAAGGCACCACGCAAUUCGACUCUCUGCUCUGCCGCAACACCCCCAUCUCCCCCAUGCUGGUUUGCUAUACCCGCCGCAAGGUUCCUCAGGACUACAUUGCUGCUGUACUUUCCCAGAGGAUAUACAAAAUUCUAAAUUACGAAGACUUGAAUUUGGAGAUCGAUCCGCAAGUUGUUUACAUUCAGCUGGUCCAGUCCGUGGAAGAAACGACAGGGACCGUGCAUCAUCCCUUCGCAAGAAACGUGACACCGGAGCUCGCUGCCGAAAAUGAAAACGUGCAGGCUAUCAUAGGUCCUCGGUUGAAAAUGCUCGAUGAAAUUGUAGAUAGUUUCCUUUUGACCAUCGUAGAGCAACUGGACAGUGUUCCUUUUGGUAUCCGAUGGAUCUGCAAGCAGAUCAGGACAUUGGUGCAGCAAAGAUUUCCCGAUGCUUCUGAAGGGUCUAUCAGCUCAGUGAUCGGUGGACUGUUCUUUGUCCGUCUGAUCUGCCCUGUUCUCCAGACACCUCAGGACUAUCUGCCCAUCAGUGGUGUUCUCGCAAAACAUCCGCGUAGGUCGUUGACUUUAGUAUCGCUAAUACUGCAGCAAUAUGGGAACAUGCCAUUGAGUGUCGAGCAGCAGUCGUAUAUGGAUGCCCUAGCUCCGAAUAUCGAGAAGAACAGGUCUCGAGUGAACCGAUUCCUGAACGAUCUCUGUGAAGUGGGUGAAUUUGACGAUAGUGUGAUAGAGGCAAGUCAUUCUGGUUCGUGCGGGUAUCCGGCUGUUCCUUUGACUCACUAUCAGCAGGACAAGGCCUCUUCGAAUUCGAGUUUCAACGUUCAUGUAUCGUUAAACAACUUGUUCCACGUACAUGCUAUGGCACUCAAAUACCGAGAGGCUUUUACCCCAGAAAUCGAUGAUCCCCUUCGGAUGCUCGUUGAUGAGCUUGAGUCCGUUCCCCCUCUUCUCCGACCGGCAGAGAACCGCAUUAUUGAGUUGCGACUCAAUGGCAGUCUACUGGUUACUACUCUGCAAUCUGUGUAA